GAAGCUUAAAAACAGAUUAAUCUCUGCACAGCAGCCAUGUUUGUGCUAUGUUGGUUGGAGUAGGAGAACCGAACCGAGCCACAGCUGAACCUGGACGCCUACCCGUCCCAAGCUCUGGACCAGAACCUCGGAGUCCUGGUCGCCGUUUCAGUUUAAGAAGAAGGAAGGAUUGGUUCUCCUGUUUCAGUCCGCGAGGCUAAGCUAGUAGCUAACAUCGGCUCUGGUAGGCGAAGUUAUUAACGCCAGACCGUCAGAAUGAAACGAGAUAAUUAAAAAAAGAAUCGAAUUUUGGUUCGGUUCUCUUUUUAAACGGAACCGGCGAGGUAGGAGGGUUUCAGAACCCGAACCUACCACGAUACCGACGGAGCAAAUCUCAGCCAGGUCCCUUCUUUGGAGCUCUGUUUGGAUCCAGAUACCCUGAACAGAACCGACUUCUGCUGCCCACAGCGGGGCCAUGAUUACCGAACUCUGGGAAUCAGUGUUCAGGACAGUUCUGCAGGUCCAACAGGGGGUUCUCUCUCCAUCCACAGAGACUUUGCUCGAUGUGUUCCGGUAAACGGAGAUACACCUAAUCAGCUGUUUGGAUCAGAUCGUGGUUCCGUCCAUCAGGACCGGUUUAAAAGUUACCCGGAUAUCAAGUAUUACCGAUUGGACGCAGGAUGGGACCAAAAGCCAGACCGGUUCUGAUUAUUCUCCUUCUCCUCUGCUGCUGCUCAGAUUCAAUCCUGGGUCUCUCAGAAAUUCGCCAAUGUAUCGACUACAUCCACAAGCCCUCCUCGUCUCCUGUGUCGGAUCCAGAGAGUCCAGGGGACGGUGGCAGAGUCAAUAACUGCUCUGUGGAGGCGGAUAAACGGGUAUAUUGCUUCUCCACAUGGAAGAACAUCUCCGGACAGGUUAAAGUGAUCCAACAGGGCUGCUGGCUGAAUGACCUCAGCUGUUACAACAGGAGUGAGUGUGUGGAGAUGGACGAAGCUCCUGAAGUCUUCUUCUGCUGCUGUGACAUCAGUUUGUGUAACACCAGGUUCUUCCACCGACCCAGCAUCAGGGAGCCGCCAACAACACCAACCAGUGCCCCUCCGAAGCUACGAGUGGAGCCUGUCAUCUUUUCCAUGGUGUCCAGCCUGGCUGUCAGUGGCGCCGUCCUGCUUUCCUUUUUGGUCUACAGGCGCCACAGACGGCCCUACCCGCCUGUCCUGCUGCCCACACAGGACCCUGGUCCGAUGCCCCCCUCCCCCGUCUUGGGUCAGAGGCCUGUGCAGCUUCUGGAGGUCAAAGCCAGGGGGCGCUUUGGCUGCGUGUGGAAGGCUCAGCUCCUCAGUGAACAUGUUGCUGUUAAGAUCUUCCCCAUCCAGGAACGUCAAUCAUGGCAGGCAGAGUACGAGAUUUACAGCUUGAGUGGAAUGAAGCAUGAAAACCUGCUGCAGUUCAUCGGAGCAGAGAAGAGAGGCUGCAACACAGAGCUGGAGCUGUGGCUCAUUACUGCCUAUCAUGAGAAGGGUUCAGUGUGUGACUACCUGAAAGCCAACGUCCUCUCCUGGUCUGAGCUUUGUCUCAUCGCUCAGACAAUGUCUCAAGGUCUGUCCUAUCUACACAAGGACAUACCUGGGCACAAACCUUCCAUUGCUCACAGGGAUUUUAAAACCAAGAACAUUCUCCUAAAGUCGGACAUGACGGCUUGCAUCGCCGACUUUGGACUCGCUCUGAGAUUUGAGGCCGGGAAAACUUUAGCUGCAGCCCACAGACACGUGGGUACCCGGCGCUACAUGGCCCCAGAGGUCUUAGAAGGAGCCAUCAAUUUCCAGAGAGACGUCUUUUUGAGGAUAGACAUGUACGCUGUGGGCCUGGUGCUGUGGGAGCUCGCCUCACGCUGCAAAGCUGCUGACGGUCCUGUGGAUGAGUACAUGCUGCCUUAUGAGGAGGAGGUGGGCCAGCACCCAUCUUUGGAGGACAUGCAGGAGGUGGUGGUCUUUAAGAGGCUAAGGCCCACCCUAAGGGAUUGUUGGCAGAAACAUGCGGGCAUGGCUCUGCUCUGUGAGACCAUAGAAGAGCUCUGGGAUCACGAGGCCGAUGCCCGGCUGUCGGCCGGCUGUGUGGAAGAACGUGUGGCGCAGAUGCAGCGGCUAACCAACAUCACUGCCUCUAAGGACCUUGUCACGGUUGUCACCAUGGUAACCAACGUGGACUACCCUCCCAAAGAAUCCGGCCUCUGAGGACCAUGGAGGAUAGCUCUAACCUGUGACAUCACUCUGGCACUACAGAAUAAAAGACUUUCGGGUGAUGCUGAUGGUGGGUUGGUCUGAUAUAGGGGCUCCUGUUUGCCUAAGUGAAGCAUCUCCUGAUCCGAGGACAUCAGAUUACUGGUCUUGGUAACACUAACUUGUGGAAGUAGAGAAAAUGUUCCUUACACUGCUGUGUCUAGGGCAACCGUUUGCCACACCGCCCUGAACAAGACCGUCUCUGCACAGAGUCGCUGCUGAGGACAAGUUGUCUAAUCUACAGGAACUGGAGGAACCCAAACUGUGGGACUUUUUUAUUUUUUCCUAAACAUCUGCUGCUCAGUUAAAGAAUUGUCCCUGACAGGAUUAGCAUCUCAGGACGUCUUCAGAUGUUUUAGAGGGUAAAUUAUUUAUCGACGAUCUGAGAAAAUAAUCAGUAUCUGGUCUACAAAAGAUGACCUUAUUUUAUAGUUUUAAUACAAUCCAUUAAGUCUGUGACAAAACAAUCGAUGUGUUUCCAGUGUUUA